GUAUCAACACCAUGGCUUAAGAUUCUAACAUCUGGCCCAAUGUGGUUGACUGUCGCUGUCAGUUGGGCAUGUUUGUGGGGCAUGUUCACCCUACUGACCCAAGCUCCUACGUAUUUCCAGGUUGUUCACGGAUGGGGCAUUCGGACGAAUGGUCUUCUGUCAGGUAUUCCACAUAUUUGUAGGACAGCAUUAGGAAUUGGUUUGUCCUACGUUUGUGAUGUGAUGCUAGAAAGAGGCGUAUGGUCCCGUACAACAGUGCGAAAAAUUUCUUCAUGUGUGUGCUCUUUGGUUCAAGGAAUAUUUUUAAUAGGUUUAGCUUUCUCAGGCUGCAAUUCUAUUUUAGCGAUAAUCUGUCUUACUGUCGCGUUGGCCACCACAGGGGCUGAGUCCCCAGGUCCAUUAGCCGCAUAUGUGGACCUGAGCCCUAAUCAUGCUGGUAUUGUAUUUGGAAUUUCCAAUAUGGUGACGGUGGCUCCUGGCUUUUUAUCUCCUUUCAUUGUUGGUUAUUUGACAUUUGAAAACCAAACAGCCGGUCAGUGGCAAAUUGUAUUUUUGAUAGCGGCAGCUAUGACGGUUAUACCAGGUCUUGUGCAUCUUUUCAUUGGAACGGCAGACACCCAGUCUUGGAACUACAGUGAAGAUGACAAAAAUGAGGAAAUGGAUCACCUGAAGCAAGAGUCUUUAGAAAAUAAAAGAUGA